AUGGCGGCUCCAACGACUGCGUCCGUCUUACAGGCCAUCAGGGACGUCCGUAGCAAGUUGACGGACAGGCUGAAGGAGUCGCUCGAAGGCCUCGAUACGUUGCUCGUGGAGACUGAGACGCUCGUGUUCCACACGCGCAACGAGGACGGCUACGACUUCGUCUGGAAGCGGGAAGCGCUCCACGGCCACCUCCUCGCGCUGGAGAGCCGGAUCGACCAGGUCCGUCAGACGCCGUCCGAGGCGCUGACGAGGAUCCAGUACCGGCAGAUCGAGAGGUCCAUGCACGGGCUGAAACGCACGCUUCAGGCCGUAUUCAACGCGUUCCGCGACGUACCGGAGGCCCACGAGGACGCCGCCGAUGCGGACGAAGAAGAGGAGGACGACGAAGAGGCCACGGACCUGACUUGCGGCAUCUGUCUGAGUAUUUACACAGACCCGAUGCUGGUCCUGGACAGCGGGGUCACGUACUGCCGGGCGUGCCUCGAGGGCUGGAUCCGCGACCGCCAGCGCGCCGGCGUGCACCCCGUGGACCCCGCGACCAACCGCCCGCUGCGCAUGCCGCUGCAGUGGGCGGCGAAUCGUGCGUUGGCUGGCGUCUUAGAAAACAGGGCUGCUGCUGCCGCUGCUGCCGCUGCCGCUGGCGGGGAAAACGCGCGGCCGGCGCGCCGCGCGACGGCGCCGGCGCCGCGGAGCCCCGCGCUGGCUGCGUGGGUCGAGUGGGACAGGAAGUGGAGCGGGGCGCUCGGGGUGGAGCUGCGGGACAAGGGGGCGUGGCUGUUCAUGGGCGCGACGAAGGAGGUGGCGUGGAGGGGGGAGUUUGGCGACGCCGGCGCCGGGGCGGUGGCGGAGGCGAUCAAGGCGAGCGGGGCGAUCGAGAGGGUGGAGCUCGUCGGCAACAUGAUCGCGAACAUGGGCGCGUUGGCGCUAGCGGCGGCGCUGCGUGACAACGGGGCGAUCAGGGAGGUGACGAUCGGGGACAACAUGGUGCACGACGACGGCGUGAGGGCGCUCGCGUUCGCGCUCCGCGGCUGUCCGAGGCUGCACACGGUGGUGCUGCGGAACAACGCUUUUGGAAAGAGCGGCGCGACGGCGCUGGCACGCGUCCUGCGCGACGCCCCGGCGCUGUCGCAGCUCGACAUCAGCGACAACUACAUCGGCGACGCUGGCGCGAAGGCCUGCGCCGAGGGGCUGCAGGAUCGGAACUGGAAGCUGCCGCGGAUACACCUGAAGAUGAACAACACGGGCGUGGGCAACGCGGGCGCGAAGAGGCUCGCGGAUGUGGCCGGGAAAUGCACGGUGCUGCGGAGCCUCGCGCUGGGGAAGAACGCGAUCGGCGCCGCGGGGGCGAAGGAGCUCGCUGAGGCUCUGAAAAACAACUUGACGGUCAAAGAUGUCAGCGUCGUUGACAGCGACUGCGACAUCGACGUGGCGUGGGUGCCUGAGGUGUUCCGCGCGGACGAGAGGGUGAUGCCCGGCGUGUUCCGGCUGGGCCAGGAGCGGACGUUCUGCGUGUGA